GCUGAAUCUGCCGAAGUAUUACAAGGGCGUCGCCCCCUCGAGCCACGGCUCUUGGCCGACACUGCUUCUCCUUCCUGGCUUCCUCUUCUGUGGACGCGGCGAAGCCUGGAUGGGUUCUCCUGGCCCGUGACCUACCCAGCUUCUUCCAAAUUAAAGAGACGCUUUUUCGGACUAUUUCGGACUUUCCCCAAAGAACCUUGUACAGGCACACCCAACACUAACUUCAACACAGGAACUGAAUGAGCCACGAGAAGAGGAGUCGUGGGCCAAUUGUGAGGGUAUAAGGCAGGAGGUAACCUCAACGCAGUGAUGGCAGACUCCGGAGAGGACUAUGGAAACUACAGCUAUGACUACAUGGAGUACGGUGACAUGGAAGAACUUCAAGUAGACCACAAGCAAGGAGAGGCGAUGCACAUUAUAUCAGUGAUCAUCUAUGUUGUUUCGUUUGUGCUGGGCCUGAUUGGAAACGGAAUUGUCAUUUGGGUGACGGGAUGCAAGAGCAAAAGGACUGUUAACAGCAUUUGGCUGCUCAAUUUGGCAUUAGCUGACUUUGUCUUCGUACUCUUCCUCCCCUUCUACAUCGAUUACAUCCUGCGGGACUUCCACUGGGACUUUGGUGUGGCCAUGUGCAAGAUUAAUUCCUUUGUGUCGGUGAUGAACAUGUACGCGAGUGUUCUGUUCCUUACAGUGCUCAGUAUUGACAGAUACGUGUCGCUGGUCCAUCACAACUGGUCUCAAAGGUGUCGAACUGUAGCGAGAGCCUGGAUGGUAAGUGUCGGCGUGUGGGCUAUAGCUGCCGCCAUGAGCUGCCCUGCGCUCAUCUUUCGGGAUACAGUGCGCUUACAUAACAAAGUGGUAUGCUUUAACAAUUUCCAUGCAAAGGAUGAACGCUCAGCAGCUGUGAGUCACAUUCUGAUAGUCUCCAUCCGUACCACAGUGGGCUUCCUCCUGCCGUUCUCUGCUAUAUGUGUGACCAGCAUCCUUCUGACCGUGAGAGUCACUCAAUCUCAAGGCUCCGUUCGUCUGUCUAGCUUCACUAAAACAGUCUCCGCCAUGAUCCUGGCCUUCUUUUUAUGCUGGGCUCCUUUUCACAUAUUUAGCCUGAUGGAGCUAUCUAUACAUUCCUCACUCUAUCUACAUAACGUACUUAAAAUGGGAUUUCCUCUGGCCACCAGCUUAGGCUUUUUCAACAGCUGCAUUAACCCGCUGCUCUAUAUGCUGCUGGGAAAAAAGGUCCGUCACAUUCUGAAACGUGCAUGCCUGGACAUAACUAAAAGCUCCCUGAGAGAACUCAGCCAAUCUGUCUCGGCCACUGAGAUAGAGUCUCUGCCAGGGGCCCCUCAGGACUACAACAGUGCACCAGAGGAACCUGUGGCGUCAUCAACUCUGUGAUUGUUGUUGGAGACAUCAAAAAGACAGGCUAUUAUCACCUUCCAACCAUUACCAUUCCAUCUGAGUUAGGUGUUUUCCUACUCUAUGUAAUUUGGAGGUAUUUGUGUCUUCAAACAACAAAUCCUCUCUUUCAGUACAAAUAAACUCUAUGGACUAUC